UAUAAAGGCUUGUUUAUAAAACUGAAUGAUUGUAUGGGAGGUUUGAGGCGUUUUUAAUUCGCUUUUAUUAUUUAAUAUUCUCACACUGAAGGUGUUCAGCUGCUGUCGGGAGUUAAGCUGAAAAUGCUAACGUUAAGUUAACUGUGAAGCUUACACAGGAGCAGCUUUAUACACACAGCACUUAAGUUGGAGGGGGAGUCACUGAUUCCACUGGCGUGAUGAAGCUGGAAUUGUCUAAAGUGGUGCAGGGAUGCCGGCUGGGCCUGUUAACAGCGAUAGAGCAAACAGCACAGCACUCACUGGAUGUUCCAGGCUGCCUCCUCUUCACCCACUGUGCCACUGUGCCUCAUCUGACUCAGGACACUCUGCACACACUGAGCAACCUGCCUGCAGUCACGCAGGUCACACUGAAUUGCCUUGCAGAGCAUCAUGAAGUGCUGGAGGAGUUUAAAGAGGGUGUACGGAAGUUUGCAGGGCUACAUGAUACAGCGCUCUACUGCUCCCUCCAUGACUCUGCAACCACCAACCCUGCAGGCCACAUCACUAACAAGACUGUGUCAGUGUGGGGCAGUGGAGGAAGGAUGGAGCUGACGGUGGCGAAGUUCAUGGCCUUGCAGGCGGCUAUCAAGCCAGACUUCUAUCAGAGCAUGGCGGAUGGAGAGACGUGGCAGGCCAACACUUCACGCAAAAGGGUCCGCAAAGCAGUGGACCGCACUCUAGCCCACCUGGAUGAGUGUCUAAUACUGCAUCAGAAAACACAGGAGCUGAAGCAGGCCAAGAUAUUCGGAGUGGUAGAGGGAGGCGAUAUUUUGGAAGAAAGGGUCAGGUCGGCCCGGGAGACGGCCAAACGGCCCGUGGCGGGAUUCGUCCUGGACGGGUUCCAAUCUGCCGCCAUGGAACAGGACCUGAGAAGUCAGCUGAUUACAGCAGUGACCGCAGAGCUGCCUCAGGAAAAGCCAAGGUUGUUGCAGGGUGUUGGCCGUCCAGACGAAGUGAUUGCGUGUGUGGAGGUUGGAGUGGAUCUCUUUGAAGGUUUCUUCCCUUUCCAGGUGACUGAGAGAGGAUGCGCUCUUUGUUUUGACUGCACGGUCACAACUGACCCAGAGACUGCAGGUACUUCGCCCUCUACAGUGCUGGAAUCAAAUGAAGAGAGGCCUGUUGUAGAGGAACCAAAGGAGAAUGGAGACAGCUGCCCUGAAAAUAUGACACGGUUCGAGAUGAAUCUGAAUGAUAAAAGGUACAGGGAGGAUUUACGGCCGCUGGUGGAGGGGUGUAGCUGUUACUGCUGUAAGAACCAUACGAGGGCGUACAUCCAUCAUUUGCUGGUGACCAACGAACUACUGGCAGGAGUGUUACUGAUGCUCCACAACACGGCUCAUUACCUCAGAUUCUUCAGAGCUUUACGAGAGGCUUUGGCUAACGAUCGGCUACAAGACUUUAAGCGCAGGGUGCUGCAGUGACCAGCAUGAACUGAGGAACAGCUAUUGUGACCAAGGAUGGAGAGCAGGGCACA